CCAAUAUGGAAGGUAGUGCGUUAUAUUACCGCCAAGAAGUUGUUAUUUCUGUUGAAGUAUUUGAUUUACUGGUAAAUCUCAUUCGGCGGCAAUUUUCAAAUUUUAGCACACAAAGCUAGGGUUUAACGCAAUCACAAAUAACUCAGUAUUUGAUUCUCGUGCUGAAAUCCGUCUAGGUUUUGUUGCGAUUCAUUAUCUCUUUCGAUCAGUUGGAAAGGAUAUGGCUGAUAGGGAAGCCCCUGGUUCUUCAGCAAGAUCACUUUUUAUUGGAGGCAUUUCUAUGGAUAUAACCGAAGAAUCAUUGAGGGCUCAUUUCAGUCAGUUUGGAGAGAUAGCUGAUUUAGUACUAAAGCGUGAUAAAGGUUUUGGAUUUGUUACAUAUGCUAACCCGGAAACUGUAGAUGAAGUUUUAAACACAUACCAUAACAUAGCUAGUAAAGAGGUGGAUGUGAAGAUACCGGUAACUUAUAGACAGAGAAUUCAUGUUGGUGAACUUCCGUUGUCUUUAACCGAAGUUUCAGGUGAGUUGAAGGAAUAUUUUUCGUCUUAUGGCAAUGUUGUGGGAAAUCAGAUCGUUUUGGAUAAAACAACUGGCCGCUCCAGAGGCUUUGCCUUUGUGAGUUUUGAUACAGAAGAAGCAGUUGAAAAAGUUUUAUCUAAUAGAGAUAGGCACGAACUUCGUGGCAAACAAGUUAAAACUACGAGGGUUUUUCCAGUUAGAGCUGGUGAUCGUGAUCGUAGUUAUGGGUGCAACAGAGGGAAUGCUGGUAUUGAAAGUGACAAGUUCGCCUCCAAGGCUGCAAAUGAGUUUUGAGUGUUGCAUUUUAGGUGUAAAAUCUUUGAUGGUGCAUACAUUUCUUUGUUUUAACUUUUUACAUGUCAAUCAACCAUCUUAUCUAGGUUGAGAACCUUGUGGUUCUCAUCUCACAUUUAAAUGAAAUGAUAUGUAGAUGACAACUUUGUAUGAAAA